AUGCUGUAUAAACUUCUAUUCAACUUGAUCAACCACAAAAACCGGAGGAAAACCGCCAUACUUUGCAUAAAUGGUGCUUCGAGUGCUACCCUGUUAGCCACUGAAGAAGGACGAUUUAAGCUUGUGUAUAAUGGUAAUUCAUCUGCCGUUACUUACGACCUUAUCACCAGAGAAUAUAAAGGUCUUCAAUUUGAUUUAUACACUUCAUUGCAAAAUACAGAGCAAGACUACUGUGGCACAAGAAAGAGUGGGAUCAUAUUCAAUGUAAAAAAGCUUCACGUAUUUAAAGAAGAAUAUGACCAGAUGGCUGACGUGUUGAUUGAUCAACUUUCCAAUGAUGAAGCAUUUCAGGAGCUAGCAGAGUUCUUUGAGGGUAAAGUUCCCAAGAUGAUACAGGAUGACAAUGUGUACAAAUACUUCUACAAAUUCGCCGGUACCUCCGUGUGGUUGAAAGAUUACGGGGUGCAUCUUAUGGUUAGCAGGGUAUUAUAUUCUAAAUUUGGAUUAAAAUGGGAUGCCCAUAUGUCGUUGCUUUAUGCCCAAGUGUAUAAUGAACAUUGGGAACUUUUGCAUAACGUUGAGUUGAAGUUGCCUAACUCUGACACGAUUCUUCAAUUCCCACGAUUCAUGCCCAUUCCUUUAUACCAUAAUUUGUAUGGGGGUUGGUUUGGUCCUGAAGAUGCUCGUCUCUUUCUAGUAAAGAAUAAAAAUGGUCAUGAAGAACCUGUGGUGGUUUUUAAUGCCCAGCAUGAACAAGUGAUUGUUGCUGAUCAGGGAGAACCGGCCAGAUGUCAUAACUAUCGAGCUAUGUUUAUGGCGUGGCUAUUCCAGUUUCAAAAGGGUAAAAAGAUAGCCGAGUGUAAUCCAGACAAAAAGUAUGAUAAUAUCACUUAUAACAAAAUUCGAGAAUUGAAGAUUGAUGGACUGGGGAAACCCAAGGACAUAGAAAAGAACUGGACUCCAUUUACUGAUCCUAGUGAAAGGAAUCCCUAUGAUACACAUAUCUACUUUAUUUACGAAUUUCACAAUCUUAAAGUAUUGAAAUGUGAAUUGGCCCAUCUUGUCCUGGAUACUCUUUCCAACUGUGCAGUUGUAUUUGAAACUCCUAGUUAUACAAUUGGUCCUAUUCGAGGCGGUACUGAACUCUUGCCCUUGAGCACAAUAAGGAAAACCAAGAAGUCCAUAUGGAUUGGGUUUGUGCGGACCCAUUUGAACAAAUGGGGAUGUGAAAAGGAAAUGUACCUUCCUCACUUUUUUCUCCUUAGUCGUCAAGGAUCCAAUUUCAAAGUCACGUACAUGUCUAGUUCGCUUGCGUUCGAUGUUCCUAUCAGAAGUGAACAUCAAAAGAUUAGGCUUUGUGAUUCAGAGGAUUUGAAUAUUAUCAUUCCCAACGGGAUUUCCAACUGGGAAUACCACAAGGAAUCUGGAACUGAUUAUAUGACACUUACUUUGAGUACGGGUGAUUCCAACAAUAUUUUGUUGCACUUGAAAGAUAUAGGAAAAAUGAUCGAUGAAUUAUAUACUGGGGAAUGGAAUGAGAAUGUUAAGGACAUAAAGAUGAACAAGUGUGUAUUGGACAGUGAUUUAGACUUUUGUAAGACAUAUGGAGACGAGAUGACGAGAUUGGGACUUACUGAAGCACAAAGAUUAGAAAACGAGUAG